AUGGAUCCGGGGGAGUCUUUCUUUCAGGGCUUAAGACUCAGUGAUGAGUUUGACAAAGGGCGAGUUUGUGGCACAGCUCCUCUCAGUAGCAGGAUAGUUGGAGGACAGGAUGCCUCUGCAAGGAGCUGGCCAUGGCAGGUCAGCCUCCAGAGACCAUAUGGUCACGUGUGUGGAGGUUCCCUCAUCAACAAGGAGUGGGUGCUGUCUGCUGCUCACUGCUUCAGCAGUUUAUUGUCUCGUCUCUUGUCACAUUCCACCUCUCCGUCAGAUUGUGGGCAAGCCCCUCUGAACAGCCGGAUUGUGGGUGGAGAGGGCGCCCCUUCUGGCAAUUGGCCCUGGCAGGUUAGUAUCCAUUCUGAUGUAGGAAAACACAAUUGUGGAGGGACUCUCAUCAACAACCAGUGGGUGCUAACUGCCGCCCACUGCUUGAGAAGACGUGAUCCCACCUUGUACACUGUUUACCUGGGCAGGCAGACCCAGAAUAUCACUGCCAACCCUAAUGAAGUCAAGUGUUCUGUCCAGUCAAUCAUGACUCAUCCUGACUACGAAAAUAAGCCAUUUGAUAAUGACAUUGCUCUAAUGAAGCUGAGUGAGCCGGUCACUUUCACCGCAUAUAUCAGACCCGCCUGCCUGCCAUCCAACACUAGCACUUUCCACAACGCCACCACCUGCUGGGCUACUGGCUGGGGCUCUGUGAACCUUGGGGAGCCCCUUCCAUCUCCUCAGACACUGCAGGAAGUGGAGCUUCAAGUAGUGGGGAACAAAGAGUGUGCCUGCAAGGUUAAGAACACUUAUUUGGGUGACGUCAUUCAGCCCACUAUGAUCUGUGCUGGAGGGAAGGAGGGAAAAGCUGUCUGUCAUGGAGAUUCUGGAGGUCCCCUGCAGUGCAAACAAGGCUCCGUGUGGGUGCAGGCUGGUGUUACCAACUUUGGGGUGCCAUGUGGCACUGGUACAGCCCCAGACGUCUAUGCCCGUGUGUCUGCAUUCCAGACUUGGAUCGUGACGGAAGUGGGAGAUGGACCAGGUCUUGGCUUUGUGAAAUUCACCUCCAAUGGCACGGACACAGACAAUGAUUUCACCUGCAACAUCAAUCAGAACAGUAAAGACAGUAAGUGGAAAUAUUCGAAUAACCUUCCAUCUACUUUUAAUCUAAACUCUCUGUGCUGCGAUGCUUCAGUAAAGUUUACUGUGUUGUCUCUAGUUUGUGGCACAGCUCCUCUCAGUAGCAGAAUAGUUGGAGGACAGGAUGCCUCUGCAGGGAGCUGGCCAUGGCAGGUCAGCCUCGAGAGACUAUAUGGUCACGUGUGUGGAGGUUCCCUCAUCAACAAGGAGUGGGUGCUGUCUGCUGCUCACUGCUUUGGCAGUGCUGACACAAGCGGGUGGACCAUCCGUCUGGGUCGACAAUCUAUGGACGGUCCGAACCCAAAUGAAGAGUCUAGCACCUUGGCUGAGAUAAUUCUACAUCCUAAGUAUGAUGCUUCCACAAAUGAGAAUGACAUGGCUUUGCUCAGGCUGACCAGCGCUGUCCCCUUCACCAACUACAUUAGACCCGUCUGUCUGGCAGCCAGCGGCAGCAUCUUUCACCAGGGCACAGAAAGCUGGCUCACUGGCUGGGGAAACAUCAGAGAAGGAGAGUCCCUUCCAUACCCAGGGGUUCUUCAGGAAGUGGCGGUUCCUGUGGUUGACAACAAAGAGUGUGAUGAGCUCUUAACAUUUACAAGAAUUACAGAAAACAUGAUAUGCGCUGGCCUUCCUGAAGGAGGGAAAGACUCUUGCCAGGGUGACUCAGGUGGUCCAAUGGUGCACAAACAGGACUCUGCAUGGGUCCAGUCUGGGGUGGUUAGUUUUGGGAUUGGCUGUGCUCGACCUAAGUUACCUGGAGUCUACGCCAGGGUAUCCCGUUAUGAAGACUGGAUCAAAUCCUACAUCAGGAGUGACCCACCAGGCUUCGUCCAGGUCUUCACCACUACUCCACUGCUUCCAGUUUCCCCCACAGCCAGUGGCAACACCGUCACAUGCUCAGUCUUCCUGCAUCUCCUCCUCUCUUUUUUCCUCCUCUCUCUUGUCUGA